GGCUGGCCAUCCGUUAUUCCAUCCGGGCAGCUUCACCUCGGAAGAGAAGAGCUUGAAUGAGAGAGAGGCCGAGAGAGAGGAGGAGGAGAGCGAGGAAACGCUGGACCAAAGGACUGUCGCAUCAUCUCCCUUGGAGGGACCCUGGUUGUUCAGGAGAUCGGAGGGUAUGGUGACAAACAGCAAAGAUACCACUAAUCUGCAAAUAUGGGAAAUAAAAUUGAGCCCGUGCAUGAAGAAACACAGGAAGCCAUUGAUUUGGAUGCUGAAGACCUUUGUGAUACAGACGAAAAAGACCCCAUUCUCCUGUUGAAACACAGUGAGCAUCAUGUGCAAGCAAUUCUAGAGGAGAGAGAUGACAUUGCUGAGGAAGCGAAGCACAGGCACAUAUGUUCUUGUCCGCCACAUGGCCAUAUUGCCUCACUAGUAACAAAUGUGGCUGCAAUAGCUGUAUUCUGGGCGGUAACCUGGUCUCUUACAAAUAAAGACAGUCUUCCUCGCGGAAAUCUCUUCGGACUUAUAUUCCUCUAUGUUUUUUCUGUACUGGGUGGCAAACUUAUGACACUCAUUAACAUACCACAUCUACCUCCUCUCCCUCGCCUUCUUGGUAUGAUGGUUGCUGGAUUUCUCAUAAGAAACAUCCCCUUCACCAAUGACAUAGUUAAGAUUGAUGUGAAAUGGGGAGCUGCCCUGAGAAAUAUUGCCCUCUCAAUUAUCUUGGCUCUUGCUGGUCUUGGCCUUAACCCACAGGCUCUGAAUAAGUUAAAAGCAGUCUGUUUCAGACUAAGCUUGGGACCUUGCAUCAUUGAAUCCUGUUCAGCAGCAGUCAUCUCUCACUUCCUGAUGGGCCUGCCAUGGGACUGGGGAUUUAUGUUAGGAUUUGUUAUAGGUGCGGUGUCUCCUGCCAUCGUUGUCCUUUCAAUGUUGGGGUUACAGGCCAGAGGAUAUGGUGUUGACAAAGGCAUCCCAACAUUGCUGAUAGCCGCAGGAAGCAUGGACGAUAUUGUAGCCAUCACAGGCUUCAACACCUUCUUAGGCAUGGCUUUUUCCACAGGCUCUACCGUGGAUAGUCUUCUCCAUGGUUUAAUGGAAGUUUCAAUUGGUGCAGGAGCCGGAGUGUUUCUGGGGAUUUUUAUUUGCUACUUUCCAAGCAAGGAUAGGAGAAGACUUGCAUGGAAAAGAACUUUCUUUGUCAUGGGGCUGUCCAUGUUCAGUCUUUUGGGCAGCAAGUAUUUUGGUAUCCAUGGAUCUGGAGGACUCUGCACAAUUGUUUUGUCAUUUAUAGGUGGAAUGAAGUGGUCUGAAGAAAAGAGAGCUGUGGAAGAAAAGGUAGCAAUUGCCUGGACAAUUUUUCAACCCUUUCUGUUUGGUUUAAUUGGAGCUGAGAUAUCUAUUGCUGCUCUCAAGCCCGAAACAGUUGGGCUUUGUUUAGCCACCCUGGGACUGGCUUUGAUGGUACGACUUAUUGCGACUUUUUUGUUGGUGACUUUUUCUGGCUUUAAUUUCAAGGAGAAAAUAUUUAUUGCGCUGGCAUGGAUCCCCAAAGCAACUGUCCAGGCUGCAAUUGGUUCUGUUGCCUUAGACACAGCGCGACUUGAGGAAGAUAAAACUCUAGAAGAAUAUGGCCUGAACAUCUUGACAGUUGCUUUCCUGGGCAUCCUGAUCACCGCUCCAGCUGGGGCUCUUAUCAUUGGCCUGGCAGGCCCCAAGCUUCUCCACAAGACUCAAUCAGGCGCUGACGAUGGCCUGAGAAAACAAAGCCGGGUAGCUUCCCCAGUAUAGAGGAGUAUCAAUGAAUGCCCAGCGGUCAUCCAGUUGGAAAUUCCUGGAAUCAGUGUCCUUUAGUUGUGCACAAAAGUCUAUAAAUCUUUAUAGGGUGUGCUGUGCAUCCUUCUGCAACAGUAAUCCAACAAAGUUCUAAAUCUUCAUCCAGGAUUCUCUCCCUCAAAGACAUGGGAGCUUUGGAGAUUCCACAAACAAACUGGCCAAUUCAGCCAUAUAAUAUCUCCAGGAAUAUAUCAUUUUCUGGAUUCAGAAAUACAAGUACCAGCUACAGAAAAGAUAACAUUCUAAUCAGUUUCUUGAAGAAUAGAUGGUCUUGGAGCAGCUUUGAGUAGGAGCAGAGCCAGAAGAAAAUAACUAAGCCUGGGGUCAUGGAUUUCUCUGCUCAAUAAACAAAAGGAAUUAUGUGGUGUCCAAUGAAUGUAUACACGCAGUCCUUGCUACAAGUCUCCACUAUAUUGGGAAUCUUUUCCUCAGUUGUAUCCUUAACACACUGGAGCUGAAACAGGCAAAUGUUGUAAUGAGGAAUGUGAUUAAAUGUGGAUUCUGCCCAUAAAAUUUGAUAA